CUUAAACUAAUGAGUAAGGAAAACAAAGCGUCCGGUGAGAACCGGUCGCAGCGCUAAUCGUAAAACACCAAAGUGGCGCAAGAAUUUAUGGAGGGGUUAUAGGCUGGCCGAUGUGUUGACGCUGCUUACUUUGCAGAACUCACCUCGUGCGGGCCUCCCUACACCCAUCCCCCAAUCAUCCCUAGUUCCCAAAAUUUUGUUGUAAUCUUUUUAUGGUCGAUAAUUGUAUGAUUGUUUUAAAAAGUUAGCGAAUUUUUGAAGAUUUUGAGGCAAUUAGGAGAUUUAGGGUUUCAUAAUCGGCAGGUUUAAGCCAUCUUCCUGAUUUCUGAUAGAUUCGCUUAUUUGAAUCUUCGUGUAAAAAUGGAAGAAGAAGAAGAUCAAUUAGUGAACAGUCCGAGAAGAAUCUUAAGCUUGAAUCAAGAAGCUAGUGAAGUACACGGAACAAACCCUUGUGAGGUUUAUGGAUUUGUAGGAUCCAUUUCGAUUGUUGUUGCCACUGUGGUCUUCUUGAUUUGGGCUUAUGUACCAGAUAAGUUCUUAGAGUCUUUAGGCAUUUAUUACUACUACCCGAGCAAGUACUGGGCUAUGGCGAUGCCGAUGUAUUUGAUGGUGACUCUGUUGUUAGCUUUGGUGUUUUACAUUGGUCUCAACUUCAUGUCUACUUCAACCACAACCUCUUUCAAUACUCUGUUUGAUGAGUACAGCAGAGAAGAUGUGGAUUUUCUUUCUUUGAUGAAGAAUGGGGAUGACAGGCCAAUAGAUCCAAUCUCUGACAUUGAUAUUACAAGAAUCAACGAUCUUAUGUUCGAUUCACACCUUGCCAAGUGAAGGCCUUUGUUCGAAUUUCGCUGAGGUAAGUAAGAGGAUCAAAUUAGUGUUUAGGAAAAACCGGACCAUUUGGUAUUACUAAGUUGAGGAUUUGAUGGUUGUUUUUGUGUUUAUGUCUCUAUUUGUACAUUUAGAGUGUUGUUGUGAAGUAUAGAUGGGAUUUGUGUGCUAGUGAUUCGGGCUUUAGAAUUUUGUGGAGAGAUACUGGUUUUGGUGUUUACAUGAAAAAACAUUGUUGCUACUUUUGAGUAGAAAACCAGGGAAUGCGAUUUUGAGUAUCAUUUAGGAUAAGUUACUUUAUUCUUGAUUUUGUAAGCUAUCUAGUAUUUCCAUUUUUCUAUUUCCUUUUCUUACUUCUUAGAGUGCUAUGCUUAUAUAAAUAGGAAUGAGACCUCAUUUGUGAGACUCAUCCAUAAGAAGAGAGCUUUUUGGAGGUUUUCAUCGGGCUAGGUCGAGGGAGACAACUUAGUUCCUUUGGGGUAUUUUCAGUUUCUGUUGUUAUUUUGAUUUAGGUUUAAGAAAGAGGGUUUUGGUUUUUAAUUCUUGUGUUGUGGUUCUUUGUUCUAUCAGGAUGACUUGAACUUUGCAUCGUAUAUGAACUUUGAGAGUUGUAUGUAUUGGAUCGAGCUGAGUAUUUCGGGUAAUAUUUCCACACUGACUUGUGUCUGUUGGUUUCAGUUCACAGGGCAUACCAACAACCUCGAUAAAGCGAAUCGAUUCAAGUGAAUGUUUCUACUUCAUAGGGUUUUGGGUUUUUGGUGUGGCUUGUUUUGUUUUUUACAAACUAUUCUUAGUAGAUUUGCUAAUUUGGUUAACAAAUGUUGUCAUUGGCUAA